UGUUGAGAAAGAUGCUGAGGGAAAUACGAAGAUGGCGUGUUGUGGGAACAUUUUUUGUUGCCAAUGUUGUGCAGGUGAAGGAGAGACGCGGACACCCGAAGAAUUGGCCAUCCUAGGGGAGCUCAGGGAGGAGGAGGAAGAAAUUCUACCCAGAAAGGAUUACGAGAGUCUGGAUUAUGACCGCUGCAUCAAUGAGCCAUAUGUGGAGGUUCUGGAGGGAUUGAACAACAAGAAAGCCAAAAAGUAUGAAGCAGUGCGGUGGGUCCUGGUGUUUGCCAUUGGAGUCACGGUUGGCCUGGUUGGCCUGUUUGUCGAUUUCUUCGUUCACCUCUUCACCUCAAUCAAGUUCAGCUUGGUGGGACAUUCCGUGGAGGUGUGCAGUGAGAAGGGCUGUCUUGCCCUCUCCCUCCUGGAGCUGAUGGCCUUCAACCUGACCUUUGUCUUCAUCGCCAGUAUGCUGGUCCUCAUCGAGCCCGUAGCAGCAGGCUCGGGAAUCCCCGAGAUCAAAAGCUACCUGAACGGGGUGAAGAUCCCCGGGAUCGUCCGCCUACGAACGUUCCUCUGCAAGGCCGUUGGGGUGCUGUUUACCGUGGCCGGAGGGAUGUUUGUGGGGAAGGAGGGACCAAUGAUCCACAGUGGAGCUAUCGUGGGGGCCGGCCUCCCACAGUUUCAAAGCAUCACUUUUAAGAAGAUUCACUUUGACUUCCCCUACUUUCGCAGUGACCGGGACAAGAGAGACUUUGUGUCUGUGGGGGCGGCGGCGGGCGUGGCGGCUGCCUUUGGGGCUCCUAUCGGAGGGACCCUCUUCAGCCUGGAGGAGGGAUCCUCCUUCUGGAACCAGGCUCUCACCUGGAAAGUGCUCUUCGGUUCCAUGUCUGCAACGUUCACCCUCAACUUCUUCCGCUCUGGGAUCAAUUUCAACAAGUGGGGCUCCUUCCAGCUGCCCGGUCUGCUGAACUUUGGAGAGUUCAAGUGUAUGGAGGGAGAUAAGACGUGCCACCUGUGGACGGUGGUGGACCUGGCGUUCUUCGUCCUCAUGGGUGUGGUGGGGGGACUGCUCGGAGCCCUCUUCAACUGCCUCAACAAACACCUCGCCAAGUACCGCAUGAGACACAUCCACCCUAAGGCCAAGUUCGUCAGAGUCCUGGAGAGUCUGUUGGUCACCAUGGUGACGACGUUGGUGGUGUUUGUGGCCUCCAUGACGCUAGGUGAAUGCCGAGACCUGAGCCCCCCCUCCCACCGGAACGGCUCCAUGAUGCUGGGCGGGGCAGAGGACAUCAACUCCACGGUGCGCAGUUUCUUCUGCCCCAACAGUACCUACAACGACAUGGCCACACUCUUCUUCAACCCCCAGGAGGCGGCUAUACACCAGCUCUUCCACCAGGAAGGAACCUUCAGCCCGGUGACGCUGUCGGUGUUCUUCCUGCUCUACUUCCUGUUGGCGUGCUGGACGUACGGUACGGCGGUCCCCAGCGGCCUGUUCGUCCCCUCGCUGCUCUGUGGCGCCGCCUACGGGCGCCUAGUGGCCAACCUCCUCAACAUAAACUUUGGGAUGAACGUGUACUCGGGGACCUUCGCUCUGAUUGGAGCAGCCUCCUUCCUUGGGGGCGUGGUCAGGAUGACCAUCAGUCUGACUGUCAUCCUCAUCGAAUCGACCAAUGAGAUCACAUACGGCCUGCCAAUCAUGAUAACACUGAUGGUGGCUAAGUGGACAGGGGACUUCUUCAACCACGGUAUCUACGACAUCCACAUCCACCUGAGGGGCGUGCCUCUGCUGGAGUGGGAGACAGAGGUGGAAAUGGACAAGCUGACGGCCAGUGACAUCAUGGAGCCCAACCUGACGUAUGUGUAUCCGCACACGCGUGUCCAGUCUCUGGUGAGCAUCUUGCGCACCACGGCCUACCACGCCUUCCCCGUGGUGACCGAGAACCGGCCCAACGAGAGGGACUUCAUGAAGGGAAACAUUCUGGUCAGCAACAACAUACACUUCAAGAAGGCGAACAUCGUGACGCGUGCGGGGGAGCAGCGGCGGCGGUGCCAGUCCAUGAAGUCGUACCCGUCCAGCGAGCUGAGGAACGUGUGUGACGAGCAGGAGGCCGCCGCCGACACGGCGGCCGUGGCCGCGGCCGGCGCCCAGAACGCCCAGGAGGGCGAGGACAUGCUGCAGCAGAUGCUGGACCGCAGGUACGUGCCCUACCCCAACCUGUACCCCGACCAGUCCCCCAGCGAGGAGUGGACCCUGGAGGAGCGCUUCAGACCGCUCACCUUCCACGGCCUGGUCCUCCGCUCGCAGCUGGUCACGCUGCUGCUGAGGGGCGCCUGCUACGCCGAGAACCAGUCGAGUGCCACCCAGCCCAGGCUGUCCCACGCGGAGAUGACGGAGGACUACCCCCGCUACCCUGACAUCCAUGAACUGGACCUGACCCUGCUCAACCCCCGCAUGAUAGUGGACAUCACGCCCUACAUGAACCCGUGUCCCUACACCGUGUCCCCCAACACACACGUCUCCCAGGUGUUCAACCUCUUCAGGACCAUGGGGCUCAGACACCUACCGGUGGUCAACGCUGUUGGGGAGAUCGUGGGGAUUAUCACCAGACACAAUUUAACCCACGAGUUCCUCCAAGCCAAGCUCCGGCAGCAUUACGUCACCAUCUGAACACCUGGCCUCCUGCUUUUCCAGAUGUUCUCCUGAGCUCCUCUCUCCAAACACACACGGUACUUAGACCCCUUGUGUACGCGUUAGACAUGACCGUUUCCCUGUCGUUAUGGGGGCUCGUGUGACCACACCGCCAGACGACUUUAGACUCCCACUUUCCUCAUCGAAGGGCGAUUGAUAUUCUAUCAUUUAAAUAGCACGACAUGUGAAGCAUGUUUCUGCAUUGUUUUAUUCGAAGGGGUGCACCACUACUCGUAUUGGCUUCUGGGUUAUCAUUAUAGACAUGGGUUAUCAAUAUAGAUCAAUAGAUACUGGUACAUAUCCCUAAUACAUUUAAUAAUCAAUAACACAUACCACAUCCGAUUUCCGUAUUUGUGCUUCUUUAACACAUUGCUAUCUUUGUAUGCUGCAGAUAACACUGCAGAUAAUUGCGUGUGGGACUUUAAAUUGGUUGCUCCCCUCCUAAAAUGUGGUGUUGUGCAUCCCAAACAUUAUUUCAUUUGUAUUAUAACUGCUUCAUUUCAAGCUUUCAGUUUUCGUUGUUCAAUAGCAUAGCGAAUAUUAUUGGGGGUCAACACGCACUAACACUAACUGUUCUACCAAAGUGAAGUUAUCCUACACUUGAACUUGUUCCUUUUUGUCUUCUCCCUAAUCCUAAUAACCUAAAUUCCCCUGCGACUAAACAUCAUAACCUCGUCACUGUAGCACUUUUAAUUAUGAUUUUUUUUUUAUCUGUAAAUAUAAUUUUGCAUUUGCCGUGUCUGUGAAGGGGAAUGCAGUUGCACUAAUAGCUUGCGUCACUGUCGCAAUGCGGGCCUUCAGCAGAGAGGCUGGUCUUUUAAUAACAAAAAGGGGCUCUCUCGCCAGGCGGGUUCACCUUGAGACGGCCCAGUCCAACUGGGUCGCUGUGCUCAUUAGCAGCCUGUGUGCUGCUGAGUGUGGCAGUGGGCAGAGUGCCCCCUCCUCUGAGAUAAUGGCAAAUGUAUUUUUGUUCUGUGUUCAGGGAAAGUGUACACAAUGUGUUUACCUGUCUUGAGGGAUGAUCAAGCCAUGGUGCUUUUUUGUUUUGUUGAAUGAAGGAGUUGUAUGAGUUUAUCACUAUCCUUAAAGGGUGAUUCAAAGGGGAAACGUUUUGAAGCGUGUAGCAUGUUUCCAGUUCGCUUGGAAACGUCAAGCGUCUACUGAAGGACACCAUUCAAGCAGUUGAGGUGAUGAAUGUGGUGUCAUUGUGGUGAUUUUUUUAUUUUAAGACUAGACUUUAGAAGGGAAAUGAACAAAGGACGUAGGAAAGAGCAUAUACUGUGAGAGUAUUCCAGAAAAACGACCCUAAUGGCACAUUUAAGCAUCAAACAUUCCUUAUGUAUCGCUUAUCCUCCUUUUGUUUAUUGAAGAUAUUUUUAGAUUAUUAUUUUUUUAAUCAGUUGACAUAUCAUUUAAUGUAUUUUUAAUGUGUAAUUCACACACGCAUUUGAAGUACAAACCAACAAACGCAAUCCCUGGAAAAUUGUAAGAAAUACUCUAGCUGUAUUGUCAUCCAUUACUUUGAAUAUGACUUGCAUUUUAUCCGGACUAUGUGGUAGUAUCUUAGUAUUAAAGUCUCUGGUCGUGACUGUCAAGGGAUUACAAGACACACACAUUUAAACAGGGAGGCCUUAUUCAAAGGACGUUGAAGUUUCCAUUGUUUGUGGAAUACUUGUGUCUUACAUGGUGAACCUGCCUUGGAGGUUGAGUUGUUGCGCUGUACUCGUUGUGGAAUGGAAACCAAACUCGGGGCCAAGAGCUUUUUAAUGUACAAUAAAACAAAUGCAGAAA